AUGAAGUUCUCCCUUCUCCUCCUGUCCCUUGUCGGACUUGGCAAUGCCAUUGAACUGCCGAAACCAAACGGACCUUACAGCGUGGCUGUUCGUACCAGCGCCAUGAUCGACAAACAUCGCAUCGACCCUUACGACCCCAGGCGAGGUCACCGAAAUGUCCUUGCUUCCAUUUUCUGGCCUGUCCCCUCACCAUCCUGCUCUAAAACCACACUUCCCUACAUGACGCCGGCUGUUGCGAAGCUCUACGGACAGAAGGCACAGAGCAUGGGUCUUUCGAAUGAGACUUUUGCAGCCUUUGAGUACUCUGUUUGUACACCUCUACAUACUCCGAAGGGCUGUGGAAGCAAGAGGCAAUUUCCUCUGAUCAUCUUCUCUCCUGGUGCUGGCAACUCCCGCCUCCUCUACAGCAACAUGGCCCGCUCGUUCGCUAGCUUUGGCAACAUCGUGGCUUUGAUUGACCAUCCUUACGAUGCUGAUAUUAUUGAGUUUCCCGAUGGUAAGACAAUCAUGACUGGGAAUAUCCCGGAGACUACAAAGUCUCUCAUUAAAUUGACCAAAGUCCGGGCUGAGGAUAUCUCUUUUGUCAUCUCGGAAGUUCUGCAAUCCUCUCUCUACAAGAGUGUGCUGAAAGGUCUUCCGGGCUCUGUUGAUAAGAGCAAAAUCGUCGCGCUCGGUCACUCCCUCGGAGGCGCUAGUGCAGCAGUUGCGAUUCUGUCAGACAAGAGAAUCUGUGGCGGGAUGGACAUGGACGGACAAAUUUUCGACCCUGCUCUCAGUCAAGGUCUUGAAAAGCCGUUCUUCCUGGUCGGCCGUCCAAACCAUAGCAAGGAGGACGCCACGUGGAACAAGUUCUUUGCAAACCUUCGAGGAAGCAAGAAAAUGAUCACGAUCGACCGUACCGUGCAUGGAUCGUUCACAGAUUACCCUCAGCUGAUCCAGGCGCUGAAUCUCCCUGCCUCGGCUUCUAAGGCUAUACAGCCACUCAUCGGAACUGUCAAUCCCUCAGAUCUCGAAAACGGUCUUUCCAAAAUUGUAGUAAGCUUCGUCAAGGCAUGCUCCAAUAUUUAG